AUGGCUCAAGCACCACCCACACCACCUCCCAUGAGCGCAACAGAGCUUCGCGAUGAAGCUCGAGAUUCCAUUAUUGCUUCCUCGGCGGAAUCCAUGGAUCCCACCACAUCAUCUAGUAAUAGCUCGGGCAGCGUGGAACCCCCCUCACAACUCCCCGCUGUCCAAGAUAUAUACCAUCAAGUUUUUCCACAGCUAUCUGAUCUGGCUGAGCAAAGGAACUUCAUUGGCAUCACUAAUAUCGCUGAACAUCACGACUUGAACGGUUCAAAUGACAAAAGUUACUCAAGACUGCUUUUAAUUGCCCCCUUGGUCCUAGCUUAUAUGGUGCUGGAUGAUUUAACACCUGCUCAACAUGCCCUUGCACGGUUACCUGAAAAUGUGUCCUCGCAUCCCCUGUCGCAUGCACUCGCAGCACUCUUAGCAUCCGCUUUGGAACGAAAAUAUGAAAAUACUUACGCUCGGGCCCAAGAGCUGUUCCAGAUGUCGCAGCAAAGUGACUUCCCUGAUCCAAGGCUGGGAAAAACCGUUGGUCUGCUAGUUAACGACUUCCUUGAUGAGUUCCGCAAGAACACCUUUAACCUUGUUUCGCGAGCAUUCUCGUGCCUCCAUAUUACGGAAGCUCAGAAAUUACUUGGGCUGGGACGAAAGGAGGUGCUUGCAAUUGCGAACAAUAACCACUGGCAGUUCGACGCCGUCAGUGGUAUAUUACGACCCUCGAAUGCUUCUCUUCCUGCUCUUGUUGCUGCGAAACCUGGUAUGUGA